GGUCAUGAUCCCAAUUUCUGAUGAUAAAAUUAUCUUUUAAAAUUUGUUUAUGUCGAAGGAAUUUAAUGAAAACACUAAUUACUUCUACAUAAAGAUUGUAGUAGUAUUUCAGGGCAAAUAGUGUGACGGAUUGCUAUGCAAUAGUAUUCAUAACACAUAUACAAUGUCUGAAAAAAAUGGAUUUGAUCAGCUACGAGUUAAAUAUAAGGAUGUUUUAUCAAAAGCCUUCGUGUCAAAUAAUAUCGAGUUACUCGAAUCGUUUUCAAAGAGUGCCAAUGAAACUGACCGGAAAGCUGCAAUGGAUCAAGCAUUUCGAGAUAAGCUUCUCGAAUUGCUUAUUGAAGAACCCAACACCCUGGAGAACUAUGUUUGUUUUUGCAUAGAAUCUUGUAGGCGACAGAUGGUAACGCCAACAAUGCCCGUAGUCCUUCUUGGUGACAUAUUCGACGCGCUCACUUUGAACAAGUGUGAGAAGUUGUUUACAUAUGUGGAAAAUGGUGUUAAUAUUUGGAGGGAAGAAUUAUUCUUUGUAGCUUGUAAGAAUAAUCUAUUGAGAAUGUGCAAUGAUUUGCUGCGAAGGCUGUCUAGGUCACAGAAUACCGUAUUUUGUGGUCGAAUUUUAUUGUUUUUGGCGAAAUUUUUCCCUUUUUCCGAACGUUCUGGUCUUAACAUAGUAUCGGAAUUUAACCUAGAAAAUCUAACAGAGUUUGGUGGUGAUAAUUCAAGUACACUAAAGGAUGCUCUGGAUGAAGACAUGAUAGUGGAUGAUGAAAAGAAUAAGCUUUUAAUAGAUUACAAUCUGUACUGCAGAUUUUGGAGCUUACAAGACUUCUUCCGUAACCCAAAUACAUGCUACAAUAAAAUUCAAUGGAAAACAUUUGUUGCACAUUCCGGUAGUGUCCUAUCAGCCUUCUCUUCGUACAAGCUAGAAGCUGUUGAACUACAGAAAUCAAAACUGAACAGAAUGAAAGCAGUCAAUUCAGAUGUAGAGAUGCACGAGAACAAAGAGCAGCACUACUUUGCCAAAUUUCUCACUAAUCAGAAACUUCUAGAAUUACAAUUAUCAGAUUCUAAUUUCAGAAGAUGUGUUUUGAUUCAGUUUCUAAUUUUGUUUCAAUAUUUAACAUCUACAGUGAAAUUUAAAAUGGAAUCUCAAGAAUUAAAGUCUGAUCAAGCUGAUUGGGUAAAAGAAACAACAGCACUAGUAUACCGCUUGCUAGCCGAGACACCACCAAAUGGAAAACGUUUUGCUGAAUGUGUGAAAAGUAUAUUGAAGAGAGAGGAACAUUGGAAUACUUGGAAAAAUGAUGGAUGUCCAGAAUUUCAGAAACCCAAGCCACCACCAGUUCAAGCAGAGAGUAAUGAGGAAAUUAAAAGAGCUAAAAAGAGACGGCGACCUGUGGGUGAUAUAAUUAAAGAGUAUGAGGGUCAGGACAAAUUCUUUAUGGGGAACAAUGAUUUGACAAAGUUGUGGAAUCUCUGCCCAGACAAUCUUGCUGCUUGCCGAACUAAAGAAAGGGACUUUAUGCCAUCAUUAGAGUCGUACAUGGUGGGAGCGGGCGCGCGCGCGGGCGGCGGCGGGUGGGGCUGGCGCGCGCUGCGCCUGCUGGCGCGCCGCUCGCCGCACUUCUUCGUGCACACCAACAACCCCAUCGGCCGCCUGCCCGACUACCUCGACGACAUGGUCAAAAGAAUAACGCGCGAAGUCGCCGCAAAUGCUGCUUCGAACAACACGAACGGAGAUGCCUCAGGCGGCUCUAAUGAGAAACCUAUUAAACAGGAACCAUGUGAGGAAGAAAUGGCUGAAGAACAAAUAGAAACAGAUAUUAUAAAGGAAGAAGAUACUACUGAUAUGGAACAGGUACCAGAUUCCACACACGGAGAAGAUGAAGACAAAGUCGACAGAUCAAGAGUCACCAUGAUAACCCCCACUCAACUAGACGCCCUAGCUACUAGCCUCACAGACUGGAAGAAGCUAGCAGUGAAACUCGGCUACAAACCUGAUGAAAUACAAUUCUUCGAAACAGAAAACGCAACAGAUAUUGCUAGAGCUAAAAACAUGCUACAGUUGUGGUUUGAUGAUGACGAAGAUGCAUCAGUGGAGAAUCUCCUUUAUAUCAUGGAAGGACUAGAAAUGACAGAAGCCUGCGACACACUUAAAUCUGUUAAAUGAUAUUUUUGAAGUUAAAUGAAAUAGGUUUUAAAUCAUGUCAAGAUAUGUUGUAAUGACAGCCAAACUAUAAUUUUUAUCUGUGGUAUUAAAACUUAUGUCAGA